AUUCCUUAUCGGAACAGGUAACGUUAGACCUCCUUUUCGCACAUUAAAUACAUAAAAAGAUAAGAGAAAAGCUAUCAAACACAUAAGAAAAACAGCAAAAAGUCACAAACACAUUACAUACAUACAAUAUUUUCAUAACCAUGUCACCGUCAAAAUCCUCAGCCAUUGACCCUUACAAGCUCCUCCGCAUCAUCCCUAACGCCGACGGCACCAUCACUCGCUUACCGGAAAUCACCAGCUUCUCCCCUACACCGUCGGACACACUUCCCAUUCUCACCAAAGACAUAACCAUCAACCAACUAAACAACACAUGGGCUAGGCUAUACAUGCCACAACAGACACUGAACUCUUCUCACCGGACCAAGCUUCCGCUCAUAGUCUGGUUCCACGGCGGUGGUUUCGUUCUUUUCAGUGCAGCCACAAGCUUCAGUCAGUAUUACUGCGCAAACAUCGCUAUUGAACUGAAUGUCAUCGUUGUCUCCGUUGAGUACCAUCUCGCACCGGAGCAUCGUCUCCCGUUAGCUUAUGAUGACGCAGUGGAGGCUCUGCAGUGGAUUAAAACCAGCCCAGAUGAUUGGUUUAGAGAAUUCGCUGACUAUGGUAAAUGUUUUCUUAUGGGAAGUAGCGCCGGCGCUAAUAUAGCGUACCGUGCCGCAUUACGAUUGGCGGAGAAAGGUGACGAUCUUGAGCCUAUAAAGAUCAAAGGGCUGAUAUUACAUCAACCGUUCUUCGGUGGUAUAAAGCGGACUGAAUCAGAAUUGAGGCUGGUCAACGAUAGGGUUCUGCCGCUUUGUGUUAAUGAUCUGAUGUGGGAAUUGGCUUUGCCGAUCGGUGCUGACCGGGAUCAUGAGUACUGUAAUCCAACGGCUGAGGAGAGUUCUAUAGCCAAGAUGAGGAAAUUUGGAUGGCAGAUAUUCGUUGAUUGGGGAGAUAAGGACCCGCUAAUGGACCGUCAAAUUGAGUUUAUAAAAAUGCUGAAGGAGAAAGGUUUGGAAGUUGUGAGUUAUUUGGUGAAGGGAGGCUGCCAUGGAGUUGAGUUUCUGGAUCCAUCAAAAUGCGAGGAUUUGUAUGUUAAUUACAAAGGUUUUAUGUCGUCUCCUUCAAAUUUUCAUAGUCAUUUGUGAUGAUAUGUUAUGGACUGUAUUAAAUAUUCAAUAAAUUUAAUGUCAGAACAAUUAUGUAUUCGAGCAACUAAUAUUUUUUUUAUAUUAA